AUGGAUUCUACGAGUCCUCAGAGGAUCAAAGAGAAAACCGAAGAUCCCGGAAAUCGAAUCGAUGAGUACAAGAAGCGACGAAAAUUCCGACAAAUCGAGGAGGCCAAAGCUCGGAGCAGCGAAGUAGGCAAGCAAUGCUACAGCGGGCAUGCUGCUUGCAUCAGAAGGCGGGACAGCACCCACCGUAUUGCACGACGAGCGGGUAUUAUUCGCCGUCGCAAGCAAGGUACUUUGGGUCGUUGCGAUGUGGCCAUCAAACGUCGCUUCUCCCUUGACCCCUUGGAUGCUUUCGCUGGGUUUCUUUGCGAAUCCUACUGGCGACAGCGCCGUGACAAUCGUCAAAUGCACGACGCAGAGUGGAUUCACAACCACAUGUUGAGCUAG